CCGCCUGUCAAAAUAUAAACGUCAAUGUGGCCCCCUAAAACGUUUGCCCACCCCUGCCGGUGAGGUUAACGCGUAGGCUGAAAGUGUGCGAGCAGUAAUCUCACUCAUUCACUUGUCUUUCGCCCGUUCUGGCGUGAGUUUGAUGCAUUCCGAUAGCUCGGGGAAAAAAACUUGUCAGAAAUAUAUGAGGGGCGGGAGGGGGAUACUACGAAAAAUAGGGGGGAAUAGUCGUGAAAACACGACAUAAAAAUUGGGCAGAAAAACAGAGAAUAAAAACGGUUUUAAAAAAUCCAAGUCAAUGCAACACGCUUCAGCAGAAAAUGGCUUGAAAGAAUGGAAGCUGAGCCAGAACUUGCCCAUUUCAAGAUUGUCUUGAUGGGGUUAGAGUCCUGUGGCGAUUAAGUUUUGUCACCACCGCCGCCCGAGUUCGUGUCCGGGUCAGGGAACCCAAAUUCCUGUUUGGUCAAGUGUUGUUCAAUAGUGACAAUGCUGUGGGUUGACUUCCCUUCCUUGGGUUUCGCUUCUUGUAUUGUAGGCCACCUGGAGUGGAAAGAAAAACUUUUAUUUUGAAGGGGCAGCAGCGGUGAUCUGUCGCCUUAAAUAUUUGGAGCGCACGGAUCAGCCAUUUCUUUUUCCUUCUAGUCAUUCGGUAGGAGACUCGAUGGGUUUUCGUAAAUCUUCCUGAAUUUAGAAUGUUGUGAAUCCUCGACGCGGGACGCCUCUGGUCACAACUUUCGUGCACCAAAACAUCAUUCAUGCAAUCUCCGUGUCCGGUUGGAGUUGUCUCGUACACGUUGAAGCUUCUCGGGCUAGCUUAGCUUUCUUACAAAGAGACGCGUUUGUGAUCAACACUUCUCUCAUCAGAAAUUCAUCCAGAAAUAAAGACUGAAAGUGUUAUGAAAAUGUGUGCAAGAAAGACUGGAGAGUACGAGGAAGACGUUUGUGGACCAAAAAAGGAGGAGGAGCCACAACGUCAACUACUGGACGCUGUGUUCAUUCUGCAGCCUCGAAUUGUCCUACGCAGAGCAGCUGGUAUCCCAUAGAAUGAUCUCUUUGAAGAAUUCUCUCGUCUAUUGUGACAACCAACUGCACAACAGGUCUCGGGCAACUGGAAAAAUCUACUCCGGUUCAUCAACUCCAGCACUGCUGAGCAGCUAGGUUUGACUGGCAAUAUGGCGCCGUGCAGACACUAAUGUCACGUCCACGAGCUCUAUACCAGAUGUCAGUGAUUAUCUUCAUCCAGAGCGGCAGCAGUCAGUGUCUGGUCACAUCAAACAGGAAGAAGAAGGUGCAGAGGUUAAGCGUAUCAAAGAGGAGGAGGAAGAUGUCCUUCACAUGAAAGAGGAAGAGCAGGAGGAAAUCAUCCAGGUUCCAGCCACUGGUGUCCAUUUGAAGAGUGAAGAUGAAGGUCGAAGUGAGGAGAGACGAGGGGCGGAGCCUCCAGAAUCAGAUUCAGCUUUAUUGGCCAAGUGUGUAAAAACACACAAGGAAUUUUUCUCUGGCAGUCGGUGUUACCCUGGUACGACAUUCAGGACAACCAGCAACUGCUCAAGUCAUGGAGAGUGCCACAAUGGAACAUUACAAACAGAUGGUCAUGAUGAUGAUGAUGAUGAACAAUCAGAAGGUGAUAUGACAUGUCACACUACCAACAAAUGCUGGAAAUGUUCUCGGUGUGGGAAAACCUUUGCUUCUAUGAGGAAUUUCAAACAGCAUAUGAAAAUACACACAAGUGAGAAGCCUUUUGCAUGCUCAGUUUGUGGUCAAAGAUUCACUCGGAAGGGAACUUUAAAAAUACACACAAGAACACACACUGGUGAGAAACCUUUUUCCUGCUUAGUGUGUGGUCAACGAUUCAUACGGAAGGGAACUUUAAAAAUACACACAAGAAUACACAAUGGUGAGAAACCUUUUUCAUGUCCAGUUUGUGAUAAAAGAUUCACUGAGAAAGGAAAUUUAAAAAGACACACAAGAACCCACACUGGUGUGAAACCUUUUUCCUGCUUGGUUUGUGGUCAAAGAUUUAAUCAGAAUGGAAGCCUAAAAUUACACACAAGAACACACACUGGUGAGACACCUUUUUCCUGCUUAGUUUGCGGUCAAAGAUUCACAUGGAAAAAAGAUUUAAAGUUACACACAAGAACACACACUGGUGGGAAUCCUUUUUCCUGCUUAGUUUGUGGUCAAAGAUUCACAUGGAAAAGAAAUUUAAAAAGACACACAAGAACACACACUGGUGAGAAACCUUUUUCCUGUUCAGUUUGUGAUCAAAGAUUCUCACAGAAGGGAACCUUAAAAAUGCACACAAGAACACACACUGGCGAGAAACCCUUUUCAUGUCCUGUUUGUGAUAAAAGAUUCACUGAGAAGGGAAAUUUAAAAAGACACACAAGAACACACACUGGUGAGAAACCUUUUUCAUGUCCAGUUUGUGAUCAAAGAUUCACUGAGAAGGGACAUUUAAAAAGACACACAAGAACACACACUGGUGUGAAAUCUUUUUCCUCCUCAGAUGUGGCCAAAGAUUCUCUGUGAAUGAAAUUUUAAAAAGACACAAUUAAGAAACUUUUGGCUGCUCACUUUGGUCAAAAAUUCUCUUCUCAGUGCAGUAAUCCCUCGUUUCCAGGACCCGAACCUUCCGUGAAAUGUGAAAAACUGAGAAGUACCUCUCCAACCCCACCCCACAGAUGCACACCAGCAAUUUUCAUGUAUGUGUAUCCGGGUACGAGGAUUAAAAUAUUUAAACAGUAUUUGUACUUUACAUAUUUGAGACAAAGAUUACAAUAGUACAUGCAUUUACUUAAAUCCUUGUCAGGUUUAUCACAUGACUUCUGAAAUAUUAUGCACAAAAUACGAGGACAAGAAGUCACACUUCAGAGAAUGGUACAUUCCUUUUCCCACACCAGCAUUGCCAGGGCUUUUUAAUGUUGGAUUUUGUUGAUGAAAAAGAGACAUUCAAAAGGGAAUUAGUUGUUUACCAGUUGUCCCAAAAUGUAUUUUUCAUUUUCCUGAUUAUGCAUGCAUUUUGUUCAAUAUUUUAGUGAUGUCAAUAUCAAAUAAGUGAAUCAUUUAUUGAAACAUUGGAAAGAAUGAACUUUGGUGGUCAAAUGUUUUUGUGAUCUUGAAUAAAAUACAAU